UCCGCCUCCGCCCGGUCUUCGCGUCGCCAGUCUCUCUUCCUACCGAACACAGUCUCCCGUUAAACGCUCUCUCCCGCCAAAAACAUGGCUGUCUAAAGGCGUGCAGCGGCUCUCUUUGCAGCGGCAUCACCCUGGCAGUGCGGCGGCUCCGUGCAUUGGCUAUUUCUGGCAAAAUGGCGUCUCUCUCGGCAACCACCCACAGCUUUGCUGCCGUCGACAGCAAUACCGAACCCCACGACUCGCUAACGUCACCGGGCUCGCCUCUGUUUUUAAGCACCCUCUCACGGCUGACACUGACCAACAGCAGUCAUGACCCUCUCCCAGCUGGCCGUGGAGGCCCUGUACUUAGGGCCCUUGUUUCUGACGGCUGACCCCAUGGGGCCCCUUCUGGACCAGGAUGAAGAAGAAGAAGCUCUUUCUCCCUCCUCCUCUCUAGAGGGGAAGGCGCCUGCUUCGCCCCCCCUCUCUUUCUCCUCCUACGCGUCCUCCCCGUCUCCCUAUCAGACCUUGUCUUCUCCCCCGCUCUCUUCUUCUGCCUCCCCCUCUCCCCCCGCCCAUCCCUCCUUGUUCCUGGGAACCAAGGCCGAAGUGGACUCCCUGUCCCUCCCCUGGCUGGGAGCCAGCGACCUGCUCGACGCCCACGUCAGAGCGGACGACGGCAACGAUGAUGCUUUUGCGGGCAUGGACUGGAUGUCUGAGAAGAUCGACCUGAGUGAGUUUGAUCUGGGUUCCUUCAUCGGCUCCUCCGAUGACAGUCCCAGCUCCCCCGAGGACCUCCUGGCCUCCCUCAGCUCCCACAUGGAUCUGGACACCGUCCCGGAGCUCGAUCUCUCCCUCCCCGGCCUCCCUCUGGAGCUCCCUCUCCCUGAGGUGGACGAGGCCGACAACACCGAGGUGGCUCCAGAUCAGCUGGUAGUCCUGAAGUCUGAGUCUCCGGCGCCGCCCCCGUCUCCGGCUCCGCCCCCUCCCUCUCUGGCCUUCACUCUGGAGCUGGGGAGUGAGGUGGAUGUUCUGGACGCAGGGAAAACGCCGCUGUCCCUCUCGGCCACCAUCAUUCCAGAUCCCAGCGGAGGCGCUCAGACCAGCAGCCCCAUCUUUGUGGUGGUCCUCACCAACAAGGAGGAGCCCCCCAUCGUGUCCCUCCCCGACCCCUCAGUUAUAACCUCCCCUCCAUCAAGCGACUGUGACAGCGACUCCGGCAUCGAGUCCGUCGACGGUUCACCCGCUCGCCUCCAGACAGCCGGCUCCUCCAGGACCAAACCCUACUCCAAACCAGAGCCCCCCUCGGCCAAGACCUCCAAGGUCAAAUCGGUGUCCGGCCCUCCCAAGGUGGAGAAGAAGCUGAAGAAGAUGGAGCAGAACAAGACGGCAGCCACCCGCUACAGACAGAAGAAGCGUGUGGAGCAGGACCUGGUCAACUCUGAGUGUGAUGAGCUGGAGAAGAGGAACCACGAUCUGGAGGAGAAGGCAGAGUCCAUCAGCCGAGAGAUCCAGUACCUCAAGGACCUGAUGGAGGAAGUCCGCAAGCGCCGCGUCAAGACCAGCUCGGUGGCUUAGCAACCGGAAUGUGAGAGCGUAGUCCGUUUUUAUUUUGUUUUUAAAGAAGAACGGCGUGUGAGGGUGGAUAAAUGAAACCCACCACUGAACAGAAGAGAUUUGAAGGCUGGAUGCAAAGAGAAAAGCUCUGGAAGUCAAUUAAAUAGUUGUCGGAGAGCGAGGGGGGCUGGGAGGAAGUCGGGUGAAGCAUCUGUACAUGCUUGUCUCUCUGCCCCCCCCCCCCAUUAGAUCCCCACGAUGUGAUCCCUGUCUCACUAGCAGUACAAACAAGACGAGGUGUACAUUUGUAGUUGUUUAGACCCCUCACAUCCCAGAAUCCAGUGAGACACUUCUACCUUGUUACCCGUGUCCCCCCAUUUCCCACUUCCUCUUCUUCACAGCUUCACGUCCAGAAAGAGGCCUCAACCUAUUUAUGAAUAUCUUACACUGUCAACAUGUGUUUCUUUUAUUUUUUUGGUGUACAUAGUUUUCUCCUCCUUCGCUUGCCGAUUAGUUUAUUUAAUGCUGGAUAAAAAACCUGAUAAUGUCAUUGAGUAGCUCAGCUGUUUGGCUUGUAAAAAAAGUGCUUUGCUCUUCUUUUUCUAAUAAAUAUCUAUCAGUACUCAAA